AUGAAGCUAAAAUAUCUAAGUGAAUUCAGCGAAAUACCGACCUCAAUACAUCAUUAUUCAGUGUAUAAACUACGAUUUUUAUGCUUCUCGAAUAUCUGGUUUAAGAUCUUAGGAUUGUCACCGUGGACGAUCGAUACUGGAAUACUUCGAAAAAACGUUAGUCCUGAAGAAAAGAACUUCAAGUGUAAGCUCUCCUUCUGGGGGACAUUUUACAAUGUUUUUUUGGUUACGUUAAUGCUUAUAACCGAUAUCUGGAUCAUAUACCAUUUGUCAUUAAUGGAAAAUAGCACACGACUUACAUUAGAAACAGUGACAGUAAAACUUUCAUUUGUUUCGAUCAUUUGUGCGAGUAUAAUACCCAUAAUUUAUGUUUUUCGGCAGAAGUUGUUGGUCAAUAUGAACAAUCGCUUCGAAGGUGUCAACCGAACAUUAAGCGAUUGUUCGGAUUACAGCGUGGAUGAUAGCAAUAAUAACUACUUAAUAUUUACUAUGACUUCGUUAUUGACUUCUGGCAUCAUAGUUCUGAGGGUGCUGUACUACUUGUCUUCUGCCAAGGUAUUUGUGAUUAGUCUACCGUAUUUCAUCAGUAGUUGGCUGAUUGUUCAGUUUGUAAUGUUCUUGAAUAUGAUCAAAGUAAGAAUUACAAGUGUUAACAAUACUCUUUCGAAGUUGGGCACCACUGACAACAAAAUACUGCUAUCACGAGAGUCAGUUCUUAACGACAUCUUUAUCAUCAAGCGCGAUUAUGUUGAAAUUUGUGAAAUAAGUGACGGCAUAAUGAGUUUCUUUGGACUUCCUAUUUUGAUAGUAAUUAUUAUUUUUUCAAUUCGAAGUAUCUUUAAUUUUUACUACAUUAUUUUAAUUUUGAUUCACAUACAAGAAAUUGAUCUUCGGUUGUACGAAUAUGGAUUGUUUUUACUGCGCAAUAUUUUUUUGUUCCUUAUGAUGACUUCUAAUGCUACGGAAAUCAUAAAACAAAAUAGAAAAACUGCAAGAAUCAUUAAUUUGCUGAUUGAUCGGUAUUUACUGGAUAAAAGAAUAAAAAACAAGUUUCCAGAAACUGGACCCGAGCAUAGAGAGAGUCAGCAAGGUCGUGAGAGAUUCGCUAGGAAAUUUUAA